ACAGGUAGCGCUAACAACGUAAAUGCCACCUCAAUGUUUAUCUUCUUCCAAAGUAGGGUACUGGUUAGUCAACAACAUUGAAGCGCGCGUCUAGAAUGGUAGUUAGUUGGUGGUAAUGUAUCUGAAUGUGAACUUUGAUACAUGGUUUUCAUAGCGUGGUAUUAAUUGUUAUGCGUGUGAUAGUGUAAUCAGUUUCAUUUAUCUCAAGUGGCGAAUUAGUGAUUAUUAAUGUAUUAAUGCUAUUGAAUUUUUUGUUUAAUCUGCGUUUCUGCAGUGCAGAUGUGAGAAGGCAAACGAUUGUUUUGUCAUUGACUAAUAUAUAAUUAACGUUGAUUUAAGGUUUUUGUGCUUUAGUUUGAACGUCGAAAUGCCUCUUUUUAACAAAAAACCUGCUAUGAGAAAAGUUGGUGAAACGACCAGUCAAAACGGCGACUCAAAUGAAAGUAGACAGCAGCACGAAAACAAAACAAGUGUCCACGACAGACCGGGAGAUUCUUCUAUUGGUCGUCCAAAAUUGGUGUUCCAUUGUCAACAAGCCCAAGGAAGCCCAACGGGACUGAUUUCUGGGUUUUCAAACGUUCGUGAACUUUAUCAAAAAAUUGCGGAGUGCUAUGAGUUUCCUCCUGAGGACAUCCUGUUCUGCACCCUCAACACGCACAAAGUGGACAUGACCAAGCUGCUGGGCGGACAGAUCGGCCUCGACGACUUCAUAUUCGUGCACAGGAAAGGGCAGAAGAAGGAAGUGGAGAUAACCAAGACAGCGGAUGCGUUAGGGCUGACCAUUACGGACAACGGUGCCGGCUAUGCCUUCAUCAAGAGGAUCAAGGAAGGUAGCGUCAUCGACAACAUCAAAUACAUCCAGGUUGGAGAUCACAUUGAGAAGAUAAACAAUGAGAGCCUGGUGGGGAGGAGACACUACGAAGUGGCCAAGAUGCUGAAGGAGAUUCCUCGAGACAGCACCUUCACGAUGAGGCUGAUUGAGCCACUCAAAGAUGGUUUCAUAAAUGUCGGGCCAAAGAGCGAUAGCAGGAAGAAGCAGAAUAUUGGCUCCGGAAUGCAGACGCUGAGGUUCAGGUCGAACGGGCAAGCUGAAAUUCAGACUAAGGAUGACGGACAGGCUGGUGGAAUAGAGAAUAUCAACAAUCUGCUGGAGAACUUCAUGGGGAUAAAUGAUGCGGAGCUUGCAAUGUUGAUCUGGGAAUUGUCGGAAGGUAAAGCAAACAGCAUGGACUUUGCUGAAGCCAUUGACAACUCAGAACUGGAAGAGUUUGGUUUCACCGAUGACUUCAUCAUUGAACUGUGGGGAGUGAUCACGGAUGCUCGAGCGGGGCGUCUGCGCUGAAAGAACUGACUGACUGUGUUAGUUGUGUCACCAUGAGCCUUAAACCUGACAUUUAAGUAUGUAUUACAUAAUGUGUUUUUGUUGUUACUGUACCAUAUCAAGAUGUUUUGAGCUUUAUUACAUUGUAAACUGAACAUGUUGGUUUAAGCUCACCAGUUCUUGAUUUUUCAUACUACAGAACUUAAAAAUUAUAGUAAAUAAACUUAAAAAAUCCACUGCAACUUUCUGGAUUUUAUAGAAUGUUUUAACUAGUAUCCAUACAUAUCGUUAAUAAUUUAAUUCCAUGGUCUUUUAAAGCAAUUAUCAAAAAUGCUCUUCAGCUUGCAAGAAUAUUUGCCAUUUACUUUUAAUUGCUAUAGCUGUAGAUAAUUAUUUGAAAGGAGUCUGCUGUAAUGGUUGAAAAUAAAUGUUAUUACCAAGCAGUAUCAUGUUAACUGUUUAUACAUAAAAAAAAUUUAUCUGUAAAACUAUUCAUAUAAACAUUCCUUCCAGUGAAUGUCAGCCACAGUAUUCUUUCACAUACACGUAUGUUGCGGAUUUUUCCAUUUGUGGAAUAUUUAUAAGAUUUGUUGAUUAUUUAUUAUCAUGAUGUAGGAUUAGUCUAAAUGAAACAUGUUCAUUAAAAUAAUGAGGUGGUCAAUUAAUGUUAGUGAAAUACCAAAGCUGAUUUUUAAAGUUGUGUAGUAACUUUUAAGGGUGAGAGAGAGUAACUGAAGAAGCCAUAUUGGUUUCAACAGAUUCUAUGGCAUUACAAUUUUUAUCAUUUCAAAUUGAAAAUUUGCCUUUGUUAAGGAAGAGCUCACACAUUAAGAGAUUUUAAAACCAAGAGAAAGAGUUGUAGUCAUUCCCAAAAAUGAUUCAAUAUUAAAUACUAAUGAUUUAAUUGGAAAAAAAAAAUUAUUUGUAACAGUCUGUCACUAUAAACUUAAGACAUCCCAUUAAAUUAUGUUCUAUAUUUUAACCAAGCUAAAUUUUGGAUAUUAAAAAAUAGAAAAUAGUUACAGCUUAAAAACUCUUGAACCCAAGAUGGCUUUAUUCUGUUUCCAUCACACUUCCCCUUUUAAAAAGUGUUGAAGUGUUGCGGCUAAUAAAAAUAAUUGUACGUAGAAGAUCCUCAUGGCUUUCAAAUUUUUCGCUUGUAUAAAAGUAUUUUGGUCGUAUUGAAUUUGAAAAAAAAAAAUAUUUCUGCAGAUUUGUGUCAUAGUGUAAAUAGCAAAGCAGAUAUUUUUCAUUGUGGUCAAUUUUAAAUAAAUAUUUUCAGAGAAAUGAAAGAGUUAUUUUUCUACAGU